ACAUUACUUUUUCUGUGCACGCACCUUAAAGGCCCUAAAGACCCACUUCUUACGCAAAGUUCUGUCGCAGAAACUGUUGAGUCAAGACAAGUCAAUUCACUCUCCAACGCCGAUCACCUCCGGAAACCGCCAUGGACAAUGGCGCUGCCUUUACUGCACAGUCAAGCGAGUCGAUAGAAAAUGGGAUUUCUGAGCGCCUCUCAACUUUGUCUCUUAGUGGGGAAGUUCACAGACAAGUGAAGGAUCCCAGAAUAAAAGCUAGAAAGUAUCAGAUGGACCUCUGUAAAAAAGCAUUGGAGGAGAACGUCAUUGUAUAUUUGGGAACAGGUUGUGGGAAAACACAUAUUGCAGUUUUGCUUAUGUACGAGAUGAGUCACUUGAUAAAGAAACCCCAGAAAAACAUCUUCAUUUUCCUUGCUCCUACUGUGGCUUUGGUUCAGCAGGUUUCGAUUAUUCAUUUUUAAAUUCUCCAUUUGUUA